AUGGCGUCGGAGGAGUUUGCGGAGGAGUUGGAGGUUGCUGAAACAGAAACUGAAAGUACAGAGAGAAAGGCUAGCAUUUCGUAUACGGUGAAGAGGAAGCUGUCUGCAAUAGAAAAGUACGAUGAGUACGGAGGGAACCUAUCAAGAGCAGCAAGAGACAGCGGCGUACCGCGAAGUAAUCUUCAGCGAUGGGUCAAGAAAAGGACGAAUUCUCGUCGAUACACGAGGAGCGUCAACUUUCUGUCAGAAAGAGGCGCAGAUAUACGCAAAGAUGGGAUAGCCGUACAUGGUGAGUUUAUCAAAGCACAGGCAAAAAAGCUGUUCAAAGAAGUGUACCCGGAUGAAGAUGUUGAGAAUUUUAAGGCUUCGAAUGGCUGGCUGCAAAAGUUUACGGUUAGACAUGAUAGUACAUUUAGAUGUGUCACUUCUCAAAGAUAG